AUGGGCGAUGGGUGGCUGCCGCCGGACUGCGGCCCCCCAAACCGCUCCUUCCCCCUCGGGGGCGGGGGGGGAACGACGGCGGCAUCCCCCGGGAGCCGGCAGCUGUCCACCGAGGUGCUGUCGCAGCAGUGGGCGGUGGGGAUGAGCCUGCUGAUGGCUCUGGUGGUGUUGCUGAUCGUGGCCGGCAACGUGCUGGUGAUCGCGGCCAUCGGGCGAACGCAGCGGCUGCAGACUCUCACCAACCUCUUCAUCACCUCGUUGGCCUGCGCCGACCUGGUGAUGGGGUUGCUGGUGGUGCCUUUCGGGGCCACGCUGGUGGUGAAGGGCACCUGGCUCUGGGGAUCCUUCCUCUGCGAGUGCUGGACCUCCUUGGAUGUGCUCUGUGUGACAGCCAGCAUCGAGACCUUGUGCGUCAUCGCCAUUGACCGCUACCUGGCCAUCACCUCACCUUUCCGCUACCAGAGCCUCAUGACCAAGGGCCGGGCCAAGGGCAUCAUCUGCACCGUCUGGGCCAUCUCUGGUCUGGUCUCCUUCUUGCCCAUCAUGAUGCAUUGGUGGCGGGACGAGGACCCUCAGGCACUGGAGUGCUACCAAGACCCAGGCUGCUGUGACUUUGUCACCAACAGGGCUUACGCCAUCGCCUCAUCCAUCAUUUCUUUCUACAUCCCCCUCCUCAUCAUGAUCUUUGUGUACCUCCGGGUGUACAGAGAGGCCAAGGAGCAGAUCAGGAAGAUCGAUAAGUGCGAGGGACGGUUCUACGGCAGCCAGGAGCAGCCGCAGCCGCCCCUGCCCCCUCACCCUCAGCACCAGCCCAUACUCGGCAAUGGCCGAGCCAGCAAGCGGAAGACCUCCCGUAUUAUGGCCAUGAAGGAGCAGAAAGCCCUCAAGACUUUGGGCAUCAUCAUGGGGGUGUUCACGCUCUGCUGGCUCCCUUUCUUCCUGGUGAACAUCGUCAACGUCUUCAACAGGGACCUGGUGCCGGACUGGCUCUUCGUUUUCUUCAACUGGCUGGGUUACGCCAACUCUGCUUUCAACCCCAUCAUUUACUGCCGCAGCCCCGACUUUCGCAAGGCCUUCAAGAGGCUUCUCUGCUGCCCCCGGAAAGCCGACCGGCGGCUGCACGCCAGCGGCGGGGAGCUGAGCCACCUGCCCGGGGGCUUCAUCAGCACCGUGGGGUCCCCCGAGCGCAGCCUGGGCGGGACCUGGUCCGACUGCAACGGGGGCACCGGGGGCGGCAGCGAGUCCAGCCUGGAGGACAGAAAUAGCAAAACGUCCGAUUCGGAGUCCAAGGGAACAGUCAGGCUAAUGGAUUUUCAUUGCCUUCUGCUUCUGUUCAUCAGUUUAGGUGAGUUCAAAACACUGCUGCCUUUUUGUACUCUCCUUUCCUUGCUCACUUCUCACUUCAAGUAUUUGGAGCUUAACAAACACAUUGGUUUACCAUCAUCAAACCAUCCUGACCAAUGA